AGUCGAACGUCACUUGGAGCCAACAUUUAGUAACACUUCUUUUCGCAGAGUAAUCUUAUCGGUAAUGGGUUUGCUAGUUACGUUGUUUACGCUGUGGGACUAUUUUCUUAUCGCAAAUCAAGAUCAGCUCCCUGUCCUUGUAAAGGUCUUUUCAGCCCGGGCCAACUCGCGAGCCCUCUUUCGCGUUGUAGAAACCCAAUCGAAUCCGAAUGUUAUCGACUGCCUUCAUGGAAUCAGGUGCAUAUCACUGAUCUGGGUGGUUACCUGCCAUCAAUACUCAGCGGUUCUUAUCUCACCAAAUAUUAAUUUAUUCAGCGCUGCUACGUGGUAUGGAAAACCAUUCGCCAGCUUUAUUUUACAUGGUUUUAUAUCCGUGGACUUCUUUCUGGUGAUUGGAGGCCUGCUAGUGGCUUUGAUUCCGCUACGAUUAAUGGAUAAGACCAAGGGAAAACUUAAUGUGCCUAUGAUGUAUUUACACCGCAUAUUCCGUAUUCUUCCCCUUUUGGCCAUCGCCAUUGUGGUCCAUAUGAAACUCAUGCCCUUAAUAUCAGAUGGUCCACUUUUUAAGGGUGGCUACAUUGGAAAGGCGGCAUGUGUGAGCGGUUGGUAUUGGACCUUGCUUUUUGUGAAUAACUAUACAGACGACAAGUGCCUUGCUCAAUCCUGGUAUCUGUCUUUGGACAUGCAGCUGUACCUCAUCUCUCCGCUCCUGCUGAUUGGUCUCUAUAGAUGGGGCAAGAAAGCGGCUGCAGGUAUUUUCGUCCUCAUCAUUUUACUAACCGCCUGUCUUUUUGCCACCAUGAUGGUCAACGAUUACACAAUGAUGAUAACGGCUGCGUCUCCGGAAGCCAUGAGGGAUGCUUACUAUGCCACCCAUACCCAUGCCACGCCCUGGCUAAUAGGAUUUCUCUUUGGGUACUUCCUGCACUUGAACAGGGGAAAGAAGUUUCGGCUAAGUUGGAUAGCCGUGUGGUCGGGUUGGAUUCUUUGCCUGGCCAUGAUCUUCACCACGAUCUUCGCCCUCUACCCGCCAUCCAAGUGGACUGAUCCUGCAGCAUCAACCUUGGCAGAGUCCUCAUACUACACUCUAACGAGGGUGGGCUGUGCACUGGCCCUUUGCUGGGUGAUCUUUGCCUGCAUUCAAGGAUACGGAGGUCUGGCUAACAGUUUCCUCUCCUCACCGCUGUGGCAACCCUUGUCCAGGCUUUCCUACUCCGUCUAUAUAUGGCACAUGUUCUUCAUUGAGAUGAACGCACGAAAUACCAGGACGAAUACUUACUUCUCGGAUUACAGAUCUAUGCUAAAUAUCUGGUCGACUCUCGGAUUCACCCUGCUGUUUUCCUAUGUAAUGCACCUUCUUAUCGAAGCACCUUUUGGUGGACUUGAUAAUUUCUUGGGUCCAAAAAGCAGGGUCCAAUCCAAGGUUAAUCAGAAAAAAGAUGAUAACGGACCUGAUGACCCAGAAGAACAUAAAAUAGUAACACCACAAAUAGAUGAUACCGAACAUAGGGCCCCAGAAGUCAUAGUAACAAUUCCAACCACUACUGAAAUCACAGAGCUCAGAAAGUCACUGAUUGCUGAUAACAGACCUAGUGACCUAGAAGAACAUAAAGUAACAGCUACUAUCUUUGAUGAGGAAAAAGAUCCAGCCUCCUCUGAAAUCUCAGAAUCACAUUUGGAUGACAAGGGACCUUAUAAUCCAGAAGAACCUAAAGUAAAAUAA